AGGGCUGCCCGAUGGGAGGGCUCCGUGCUCCGCCCUCCCUCCUCUCUGCCCCACUCACCCAGGGACCCAUCUGUGGCACAGGGCUGUGUGGCCACGUCUCUGAGUUCCCACAUGGACCCCGUCCCUGUCCAGCCCAGGUGGGCAUGAAAUGGUGCCCCUCGGGGAGCCUCAAGCCCAGAACCCAUCAUGGCUCUUGGAGACCCUGCCUGCUUCCCAGGGGGUGCUCGGAGGAGGCACCCCACUUUGGAGAGCUGUCCUGCCCGGCCACCGCCUGGAAGCCUGGAGGGGAGAUCACUCUGGGUCACGUCUGUGCCAGUUCACCUGCCGUGGACCCUGGCACAAGGGGUGGGAUCUCCUCAGCCUCACCACACUAGGAGCAGGGCUGCCGGGACCGCUGCAGCUCGGGCCCCACCAUGGGUGGCUCUGGGUCCAGUGCAUGGUGGUGUCUCGUGGCCAUGACAGGCCUUGGAGUUGGCCUGUCCAAGUGACAGCAGGUGGGGACAGUGCUCGGGCCAGAGCUGGCAGGCCAUGCCAUGUGCCAUGGCUCACAGAGUCCAGGCCACACAAAGGCCCCUCUCGGAGCUUGUGAGUAGUGGUCUGAGCAGAGGUCCUGACCACAUCACAGCAGAAUUUUCUAGAACCCUCUGGAAAAACAAGGCCCAGCUGCAGGUGCUGGUCAACAUGGCUUUCCCAGGCCCAGCCCAGCCCAGUCUCCCCAUGGCUCCCUGCCCAUGUACCCAGCAGAGACAUGGUGAUUCGGGGUUGUCUUGGCCCCCGAGGGACAUCCUGUGCUGUCCCGAGCACGGUGUCUGAGCAGAGCUGCUCAGCUGCGGUGCCAGGGUCUGAGCUGGCCUGUGCCCAGGACUGCUGGCCCCACUGGACAGGGCUGUUCUCAUUCUGCGGGUGUGAGGACCCCAGCUAGGCACCGCUGAGAAGAGGCAGUACCACGGGAGAGGGUGCGGACCUUAGCACCUGGCUACAGGACGGGCUGGGCCAACCCUGUGCUCGGCCUGUGCCCCCCUCUGGCCACGCACGUGACAGCCAGCUCAGCCAGACCGUGAGUCCAUCUCUGGAGACCUGCUCCCUCCUGCCUCACACAGACCGAGUGUGGGUGGGGGCAGCCAGAGCACUGGGCAGGGGAGUCAGCAGGGUGAAACUGCUGACAUGUCACCUGGGAGAGUCCUGGCAACCUUCUUCAGCCCCUCCUCAGCCUCAGCACGCCCUCUGUGCCUGCGCGCCCUCUGUGCCCAUGCACCCUCUGUGCCCACGCGCCCUCUGUGCUCAUGUGCCCUCUUGUGCCCUCUGUGCCCACGCGCCCUCUGUGCCCAUGUGCCCUCUUGCGCCCUCUGUGCCCAUGUGCCCUCUGUGCCCAUGUGCCCUCUGUGCCCAUGUGCCCUCUGUGCCCACACGCUCUCUGUGCCCACGCGCCCUCUGUGCCCAUGCGCCCUCUGCCCACGCGCCCUCUGUGCCCGCACACCCUCUGUGCCCACACGCCUUCUGUGCCCACGCACCCUCUGUGCCCGUGCGCCCUGUGCCCAUGUGCCCUGUGUGCACACACCCUCUGUGGCCGUGUGCCCUCUGUGCCCGCGCACCCUCUGUGCCCGUGUGCCCUCUGUCCAUGUGCGCCCUCUGUGCCCAUGCGCCCUCUGUGCUCAUGUGCCCUCUUGCGCCCUCUGUGCCCAUGUGCCCUCUGUGCCCACACGCCCUCUGUGCCCAUGUGCCCUCUGCCCACGCGCCCUCUGUGCCCGCACACCCUCUGUGCCCACACGCCUUCUGUGCCCACGCACCCUCUGUGCCCGUGCGCCCUGUGCCCAUGUGCCCUCUGUGCCCACGCGCCCCUGUGUGCACACACCCUCUGUGGCCGUGUGCCCUCUGUGCCCAUGCACCCUCUGUGCCCAUGUGCCCUCUUGUGCCCUCUGUGCCCACGCGCCCUCUGUGCUCAUGUGCCCUCUUGCGCCCUCUGUGCCCAUGUGCCCUCUGUGCCCACGCGCCCUCUGUGCCCGCACACCUCUGUGCCCACACGCCUUCUGUGCCCACGCACCCUGUGUGCCCGUGCGCCCUGUGCCCAUGUGCCCUCUGUGCCCACGCGCCCCUGUGUGCACACACCCUCUGUGGCCGUGUGCCCUCUGUGCCCGCACGCCCUCUGUGCCCGUGUGCCCUGUGCCCGCGCGCCCUCUGUCCAUGCGUCCUCUGUUCCCGUGCGCCCUCUGUGCCCAUGUGCCCUCUGUGUCCGCGCGCCCCUGUGUGCACACACCCUCUGUGGCCGUGGGCCUCGGUAAGCCCCCAUGCCAGGGUGAGAGCCCAGGCUUGUGCUCUCACGGUCAUGCCAUGGACACAUGCUCGGGCGCCUCAGGGCGACCUGCGUUGGGUCUCUGUUCCAGGCAUCUGGGCCACAGGCCACGGUUCCACCCGCUGAGGCACGGCUUUGACGAGUGGUUUGGAUCCCCCAACUGCCACUUCGGACCUUAUGACAACAGGGCUCGGCCCAACCUCCCCGUGUACAGGGACUGGGAGAUGGUCGGCAGGUUUUAUGAGGAAUUUCCCAUCAACCUGGAGACCGGCGAGUCCAACCUCACUCAGAUAUACCUGCAGGAAGCCCUGGACUUUAUCAAGAGGCAGCAGGCCUCCCCGCAGCCCUUCUUCCUCUACUGGGCGGUGGAUGCCACGCACGCCCCCGUGUACGCCUCCCGGCCCUUCCUGGGCACCAGCCAGCGUGGAAGGUAUGGGGACGCGGUCCGGGAGAUCGAUGACGGCGUGGGGAGGGUCCUGCAGCUGCUGCGGGACCUGGACAUCGCCCAGAACACCUUCGUCUUCUUCACCUCUGACAAUGGCGCUGCCCUGGUGUCCGCGCCCAGACAAGGAGGCAGCAACGGGCCCUUCCUGUGUGGGAAGCAGACGACCUUCGAGGGCGGGAUGCGGGAACCCGCCAUCGCCUGGUGGCCCGGCCACAUCCCCGCGGGCCAGGUGAGCCACCAGCAGGGCACCAUCAUGGACCUCUUCACCACCAGCCUGUCCCUUGCGGGCCUGCAGCCGCCCAGUGACCGGCCCAUCGAUGGCCUGGACCUACUCCCGGCCCUGCUGCAUGGCCAGCUGACCGACAGGUCCAUCUUCUAUUACCGUGGCAACACACUGAUGGCCGUCACCAUGGGCCAGUACAAGGCACACUUCUGGACCUGGACCAACUCCUGGGAGGAGUUUAGGAAGGGCAUCGACUUCUGCCCGGGGCAGAAUGUGUCGGGUGUGACCACACACACGCAGCAGGACCACACGGAACUGCCCCUGAUCUUCCACCUGGGCCGUGACCCCGGGGAGAGGUUCCCCCUCAGCUUCGGGAGCGCAGAGUACCAGGCCGCCCUGAGCAGGUUCAGCCCACUCGUGCAACAGCACCAGGACACUCUGGUCCCAGGACAGCCCCAACUCAACGUGUGUGACCGCGCGGCCAUGAACUGGGCACCCCCCGGCUGUGAGAAGCUGGGGAAGUGCCUGACGCCGCCCGAGUCUGCCCUUGAGAAGUGCUUCUGGCCCCACUAGCCACGGCGUGAACUCUGGCCAAACGGGAAAGCCAGCACCGGAGGCUCCUCACCUCCAGGCCUGCCCUGGCCUCUCUGCCCCGCAGCAGCCCCUGGGACUGUGACCUCUACGGAGCCGUCUUGCAAGAGUGGAGGAGGCAGGGACGGCACUCAGCAGCCUCUGCUCCACCAGGCCCUGCAAGGCCUCUGGGCUCAGGCCCAUGUUGUGAGACUUCUGGAAUCUUGAAGAAAGUUCUAGGGGAAAAAUACUGAUAUU